AUGGCCUCCAUCCCUGAAGACCCGCCCCACACGUCUCCCUCCCCUUCCCCGUCCAUCACUCUGGACGUGCAGACCUCUGCGACAGCCUCCAUCCCCGAAGAUGCGCCCCACACGUCUCCCUCCCCUUCCCCGUCAAGCACUCUGGACCUGCAGACCUCCGCUACGGCCUCCAUCCCCGAAGAUGCGCCCCACACGUCUCCCUCCCCUUCCCCGUCCAUCACUCUGGUCCUGCAGACCUCUGCGACGGCCUCCAUCCCCGAAAAUCCGCCCCACACGUCUCCCUCCCCUUCCCCGUCAAGCACUCCACCCCAGCUGCAGUCGCUUCGUUCUGUCCCUCCGACAUACCAGCUCCUUCCCAUCUCGGGGCGUGUACUCACUAUUCCUUCUGCUUCCAGAACCUCACCGUCGCUCCUGCCCUCACCUCACUGA